CCGGAACGCGGAAGCCGGUAAAAACACGGGUGCGCAUCAUCUCAGCAUCAUCUGAUGACUCUGAGUCAGCACUCCCGUUUUUAAGUUUCAGUUCUGCCUGAUUUGACAAGUGUUAGUAAGGUACCAGGGUCUACUAAGGAGAAAACACCGAGCGACUUGUGACCUUAAGGAAAAAUGGGCGCAACUCCAUCCAAGAAGAGUGCAAAAUAUAAGGAGGGGUCAAACGGCGCCUGCCCGGAGAAAACCGAUCCUCAAGGAUCUCACGAAACCGACGAACUUUCUUACGAAGGUUUUGACAUCUCUCUAGCCCCCGAGGAAGUACUGCUUCUUGUCUUGUCGUUUCUUCCCGCCAAGGAGCUGGUUCAGAGUGCACGUCUUGUCUGUAAGGACUGGAGAGACACGGUAGACCGCCCGACGAUAUGGAGGAAGAAAUGCCUUCGGGAGGGGAGAUUUGUGGUAGGAGUGAUGGGCCCUCAGCCUUCGGACUGGAGAGACUUCUACUUCAAGAACCCGUACAGGAGGAAUCUAAUCAAGAACUCUUGUGGAGAAGAUGGGAUGCGCCACUGGGAGGUGCUGGAAAACGGAGGACAGGGCUGGAAGGUGGAGAGGUUUGUGGGCUGUAAGGCGUUCCCCAAUCCCGCCGUACGGGACAAUUUUGUCACGUCCUACGGCUGGUGUUCCCGACAGCAGGAGAUUGACCUCGUUGCCGAGGGGUGCCUGGAAAAGUGUCUCGACGAAACACAACCAAAUAUCGAGGUGUCCGAAUGGUAUGCCCCUAGAUGGGACUGUGGCAGUCAGUACGAGCUGGAGGUUCAACUGCUGGAUAAAGAAAAGAAGGUUGUGGACACCUUCAGCUAUGGUCCUGCUGUCACACCUCAGUGGAAUGACUCACAGUGGAAACAAGCGAUGCACACCUUCAGUAGUUACGGACCUGGAGUGCGGUAUGUACUGUUUAAAGACAAGGGCUCAGAUACGCAAUUCUGGGCAGGACACUACGGCAGUAAGAUGACUUGUGCAAGUGUAAAGUUGAUAUUUCAGUAAGCACACUGAAGCCAUGCUAUGUAAAAUACACUCUUAAACUUUAUCAUGUGACUCUCUGGAAAGAUUCAUUACAAUUCUUUUAAUAUAUAUUUGUAAAUAGGUGUCAGCAAGGAAAAGUUAUGUCUUUGAUAUCAUAGUCGUAGAUGUUGUAUGAACAUGUUAUGUUGUCAUUUCUGUCAGAACUUAUGAGAGAAUAAGGCAAAAGGCUUUACAUGCCCCCUGUUGUUGACAUAGAAAUGGUGAAGAGAAACCCAAAGAAUCAUGUGGAACAUUGCAGACUUGUGUGAAACCCAGGAUGUUAAGAAAUGUUUCAAGAAAAGUACAGCCCAAACAAGUAAAGAAUGACAGGCCACAAAUUUAACAUUCAAACCUUUAUCUAGUAUACAGCCUUACUAUAGGUAAGUGUUUGUGAAGUUUUGAGUGUAUGCAAAUUAGCUAUUUGAUUGACAGUUUGGAAGAACAAGUAAAUAGACCUAUUCACACAAUUAACCAUCAAUUCUAGCUGCAGGUUUAUUGACGACGAUGCUCUAUUAUUCCCAUACUUUCAACUUGGCUUAGAAGAGGACUUUCCAUUCUGUAUAUUUAUUCUAUAAUAAUUCUAUAUAUGUUUGGGAAAAAGAAAUUGAUCAAGGUACCUGGUGUAUGUGCUCCCCAAUAGAUCUCUGCUUCUGAAAACGAUAUGGACCAAGAGAGGGCAUCUGGCACUUUGUGUGAUUUCUCGAUUAUCAAAAACUCUGUCUGAGUGAGUAGAAGUUAGAAAUCGAUGUCUAGUAAUCUAAGGCCCAUGUAACAACUGGUAAAGGUGACUUGUACUAGAA